AUGGAAAAGGUCGAAGAAAUGCUCAAAAUCGAAGAGCAUCAUGUCAUUUCUUUGGAAGACAUUACAAAUGUAGAGUGGUGUCCCAAAUUUGUCAAACCAGAAAUCCGGGGGCAUGUAAGAGGAGGCAAGGCUUUGCCUCAUCACAGAUGUCGCGAAUGCGGGCGUUUGUGUCUCCAUCUUCUUGGUCGCCCUGGAUCAAAAAGACAGUGUUUGGAAUGUUCAGGGAAAUGGAAUAAGAAAUAUAUUCCAGUGUGGUAUUACCACAACGGCUGUAAAUAUUGCAGAAGAAAGUGAACUUCAAGUUACAGAAAAAGCUGUUAGACAACUUUAAGCGAGCUUAUUUAACCGGCGAUGCCUCAGUUUUCAUUUUUCAGUACUUGGUGUUGAGAACUGGUUAUCUGCGAAAUUUGGAUAAUUGCAAGCUGUUACGCGUUUCUUUUUCCAAAGCAUUGUUGCGGCUCAUGCUCGGUGAAAGAAGGAAAGAAGAGUGAAGAACCUGCUGAAAACGCUAGCUAACCGGUAAGCAAAGAAGGCCUUCCCUGGGACCUGAAGGCCCGGUCCAAACGGCGCUCCACUCUCAUGUGGCGAACCAAACUCGAUUGAGUUCGACUUUGGAGUGACUUUGGAGCGACGGCUGAUUCAGACGCGUACUUGCGUCGAAUUCGGAAAGCUCGUGGUAAACAAUUUUCGAUGAGAAAAUGUGCGUUCUGAAUUCAAUGAGUCCGUCCAAAUAGAGAAGCUGUGAGUAAUAUGUCGCUGUUAUAGCAAUAUUUAGGGAAGCAAAUUCAAUCGCAAGAUUCAGUGUUCGUAUUUUGAGAGGUUUUCUUCAGGUAAAUUAGACCUGUUAAAGGGAAAUCUCAUAAGCUGGGCUAUUAUCACGAAGAAAAAGCAAAAAAAUGAAUUGGCACUAAAGAAAUUCGCUUAUAUAGUCCCGUUUCUCAUAAAUCGAAGGCAUAAAGAGAGCUCCGAAACGCGAAGUAAAAAAAAUUGCUAAUGCAUGAAAUCGCGGUCGCGUUUGUUUAUUGUAGACAACGGAGAAUGGAGAACUUUUCAUAGUAAAGACGAUACUGAUGGCAAAUUAUGGCCGAUGGAAGUGA